GGAGGGGCGGAUCUUAACGAGAACACGACUCGCCUUGUUGUGUGUAUUCCCGUGCUCGCAUCGCCAUCUUGUUGCAAUCCUGUUUUUUUUUUUUUUACGUAUGCGAGGAUCUACUCUCCGUUCAGACGGAUUAGAAAUCUCCCCCUCAGCCUCCCGGAGCCACACAGGGGACGAGCCGCUCGGGUCUGCGGCUGUGAACCGUGCACACGGCGCUUCCCAGCGGGACCUCACCCUCCCCUCGCUCGGGUCUUUUUCCUCCCUCGCUCUGUCCCGGGCCACCGGGUCGCCUGCCGCGAGGGUUUCCGCGCAAUGAGCAUCGACACGCUCCUGGAGGCGGCCAGAUACCUGGAAUGGCAGGCCCAGCAACAACAGAUCGCACGUGAGGAGGAGCAACGCAAAGCGAAGGAGCUCAUCAACAGGGAGGCGGAGUCAAGGCGUGUGGAACUUGUGACGUCGUCGUCGUCUCCGCCAGUCAGAGUCAACCACAUCAGCUGGGGCGAUGACACUCACCGUCAACAGCCGCAUCACCCUCCCGCCCCUCCGCCCCCCUCCCUCCAACCUUAUCAAGUUCCCAUCACCGUCAUCCCAAUGGUCCCCGUUGUCACUUCGACGCCGUCGGUCCCACCACUACCACUCCCAAUGCCAAUUGCUGCGGCAGCGACGUCAUUCAACGGCUCCCUGCCGGUGAAGAACUCCUCCUCUCCUCCUCCUCCUCCUCCUCCUCCUCCUCCUCCGCAGCAGCCGGCCUCUCGUCACCUGUUGUGCGCACCCCAGAUAAAAGUAGAGACGAGUCAGCAGCUGAUGGGAGCAAAGCCCAGCCAAUCACAGCCUCAGGUUCAGAUUCAGUACCCGACUUCCAUUAGCAUUAAUGGUUCUAGCUCUCAUCAUACACUGGUUCCCCAUCAAGCCCCGCCCACACCUCAGCCACGGCCGAAUGGCGUGACGAUGGAAGACAUGAGGGGGAUGGAAGGGAAGAGGAGACCAGGAGGAGCGGGGACCAGAGAGGUUCAUAAUAAACUGGAGAAGAACAGGCCCUCCAGGCGAGCGCACCUCAAAGAGUGUUUUGAGACGCUGAAGAAGAACGUUCCAAAUGUUGAUGAGAAGAAAACGUCCAACCUCAGUGUUCUCCGCAGCGCUUUGCGUUACAUACAGACUCUGAAGCGCAAGGAGAAGGAGUACGAGCACGAGAUGGAGCGUUUGGCCAGAGAGAAGAUCGCCACGCAGCAGCGGCUGGCCGAGCUGAAGAACGAGCUCAGCCAGUGCAUGGACGUCACGGAGAUCGACAAAGUCCUGCGACAGACCAUUCAGCCAGAGGACGACCAGGCCUCCACGUCCACUGCAUCAGGUACAGUGACGAUGCAACAACUAGAGUCGAUACUCUUACACAGAACCAACCACAAGAAGUACAAUGAAGGAGAGGACAACCUUGAGCAAGACAUGGACGAGGAUGUCUCCGCUCCUCCUGCUCCAGCACUCCUGACCAAACCAGCGCCUCCCAUCCUACACGCCCAGCCGCUCCUCACCCCUCACCUGUCAAUCCAGCACACCGCCCUGCCUUUGUCUGGAGUCUUGACCACGCCCUCCCCCUCAGGUCCCCCUCCUCCUCAAGCCAUCGCUCCGGCCCCAGGUCCGCCCCCUCUGCCGCCUGCUCAUCCCAUCCAGCCCCCGGUUUUGCAGGUCCAGCCCACCGUCAUCGCUCAUGCCGCCGUCUCCCACCCUUCGGUCAUCCAAGCUGUCAAUCACACACUGCCAGCCAAUCACAAGCACCUCACACACAUUGCCCCAUCACCCGGCCCCACCGCCUCUACCCCACAGCCAUUAACGGCAGCUCAAGCCAACCACCAACAUAUAACCGCCCAGCCCAUCGGACAUAUCACCGUCCACCCGGUGGCUCACCUGGGAGCUCCACUGCCAUCCCACCUCCCGACUCUUUACCCCCAGGGUGUAUCUGUCUCCCAGCCCACCAUGGUGGGCCACAUCACUCACACCUUCACCCAUCACACUCUGCCGCAUGUCCAGGCUAAUCCUCAAGCUAACACUAACGGAGCCCAGGUAAACAGCGCUACCAUGGUGAGCCAGGGGAGCUCGUUAGGGAAACCCACAGCGGUGCUGGCCCCCCACCCCCACCCGCAGCUGGUUGGACAGGCGACCGUCCUAAACCCUGUCACCAUGGUUACGGUCCCCACUUUCCCUGUCAGCACUCUCAAACUGGCCUGAAAGAGUUACAAAAAAAAAGAAGAUGGGUCGGACUGAAGGAGAGAAAGAUUCAGAACUUCUGGAUAAGUUGUCACACUCCAAUCAAUAACCAAGAGUCUCUGACAGACAUGAAUUCACAAAAACGUCAUCAGCUGUUUUUUGGACAAACUUGUGACAAAUAUCUCCAGAGAUAUUCGGUCACAGCUCUGUUAGUUUGUGAACAAUAGGACUAAAGCAGAGUCAGGGGGUCCGGCCAUUGUUUAUGAGAAUGCGACUGACAUUUGUCUCCGCUGCAAAGACAGGAACUCUUGUUUUACCUUCCUUCCUUCCUUCCUCUGCCUUCUUCUCUACUUCCUUCCCUCCUCUCCUCCCUUUACAACAAGAAGCACUAACACGAUAAGCUCAGUUCACACUCAGGCAUCAAGGAUUUACCUUAAACUCUUCAUUCACCCGUCGAGGGACAACGCACGAGCGAGAGACAGUAGUUUGUCGUUUUGGCUGUUGUCAUGGUGAUACAGUCUGUGCCCGUUUUGUAUUCAUGUGAUCUCAAUGUCAUGUGGGACAUCGUUGGGGAAUAAUGUCACUGACGGGUUUGAGAGCAGCUCAGUGGUCUCACUAAUAAAUUGGACACAGAGUGUGAAGUUGACCACAUCACACACAAAGUUAGAGCAACACUAAGCAACUUUAUAUCUAAAAAUAGCAGCUUCAUUCAAAGGUUUCAUGGUUCACUGACUUGGAACAGAGAGAGAAUGUUUCCUCUUUCAUUCCCACUCCCCCCCCCCGAAUGACCGGUUUUGCGCUAUGUAACUGGUGAGCGUGUACGAUCUCUUCUGAGAAGUGUGGAACUGACACAGAUUCAAUUGUCAGAAUCAGGUGCAGCGAGUUGAAGAGUAAAGCUGAACUGUAGCUCAGUUAAAAAGAUGUAGAAGUUAUUAAAAAAACAGAGUUUAUCUCCAAAAUUCAGCUGCAAACUUUUAAAAUAUGAAGAAAUCUCAACUGAAUUUGGUGGAUUUGUUACAGCUGCAACUAUUCUGGUGCAGGAAGCUGAGGAUCAUGGGUAAUGUCCACCGUUCAGUUGCGUUUCAGGUCAGUGAGUAGAGUUAGAGUUUAGUUUUCUCUACAUGAAAACCUCUUUAAUCACUCUGGCUGUGGCUGCAGGGGGCGCUGUUGCUCAGUAAAAGUUGCAUAGUGUUGCUUUAAAUGGAGCUAAAUCAUGAAAUCUUAACGACAGUUAUUCAUCAUUUGUUAUCAAAGAAAAGCUCCUCAUUUACAUUGCUUGAAUUUCUUUUCACCCCUUUGUUUUUGCCUUCGAUCUUAGUACAGAAGUAUAGAGUAGAGAACUUGCUUCAGGAGGUUGGUCGUCUCCAGCUUCCUCCAAAUGAAGGUUCUUCACCAUUUCACCUGGAAAAUAGUUACAGAAAAAGAGUGAACAGCAGGUGGUGAUGCUUUAAUGAAGUUAGAACCAAUCUGCAGCUAAAAUAUACACAACCUCGUCUUCUUUGUGAGAGAUUUCUGUCCUGCUUUCAGCUUCUGGUGGCGUGAGUGGAGGUGUUUAUCCUUUCUUUCUUUUUGGAUGGAGAGUCUGAAACAGUGGAGUGUCCCCCACGGAUGAGGCGCAGGUUUAAAGAGGAAGAAUUGGGGCUAUGAUUGCUCAGCUCGCUCACAUCGACGGACAACAGGACCUUGGCCUGUUUGACAGACGUUGAAUUUCAACCAAAAUACAGAAUCAUGAGUCAUAAAACACAUAAAGUGAGACCAAGUAAAGUUUGAGUGAGAUUUUCGCAUAUUGUCUUGCUUCAUGCAACCAGUCAAAUGUAUAAUGAUGCUUCACUGCACUACCUGUCCCACAGUGAAAUUAUUUAUCAGCUGUUUUCUACAGGAUUUUGAAAGAGUCGUGAGAAUGUUAGUCUCUUGGACAUAUUUUACUGUCCGAUUGAUUUAAUCAGUGCUGAUCUAAACCAAACAAAAGCCUGUAACAAAUUUAAGCCGACAUGGCAAGUUUUUAACUCAUCAGAAUUACUGGAAAUACGUUUGCUGACUUUAAUUCCAAAAGACGGCCAAGGACAAUGAAGACGUUCACACAACCAUGUUACUGCUCUCAAAACCUUCAGCGACAGGGUUCCUCAUGAUGUUCCUCUAACACACCGCAGGGCAAUACGGGUUUCCAUCCUCUAUUCUCUCUGAUGCAACAGCUCCCUCUGCUGCCUCCCCCUGGACCUCAUUCUGACGUCUCUCACACACACACACACACACACACACACAUGCAACACAAACUUCCUGCACAAACCUGGACUAAACACUUUCAGUGUAACUCCUCAGUCUUGUCCUUGAAAACAGUCGAACGUUAUCCUGACUGGUGCUUUGUGCUGUGGUACAUUAAACACAGUACAGAACAUUGGCCACAUGAUAAACUGCAGAGGAGACUGAGAGGAAUCCCAGAAAACAUCUUUUUAAAGCUAAAGCUCCACGUUUGGAUACAGCACAAAAAUAUUAAGUUGAAAAUCAGUUUUCAUUUUUUUCCACUCCAAUGUUUUAUAAACGGACAUCAAGCUGACUCCUCUGCUCCAGACCAGACAUUUUUUCUAUAUUUCAAAAAUGGAAAAUGUGUUGUGUCGCACACUUUCUUUGUGUGUGUGUGUGUGUCUGUAUGUGUGUGUGUAUGUUCAAGGUCAUACUCAAACAGCUCGUGGCUCCACAGCCUUCUUCUCAGCCUACACGUGUCACAUCAUCAGAUCUCCCAUCAGUGUGUGGAUGUAGUCGGCGUCUCGCGGAUCUGCUCUUUGCCUCUUCUGCUGUUUCUCAAUGUUGCGUCUGUACAUGUGAGUGUAUUCAAUGUUUUAUAUUCUGUACUAUAGUUAAUCCUAUUGUACCUGUAGCAUGGCUCUGUUUCUUUGGUUAUACAGUUUGCCCUGUGCAUGAAAGAGUGCGCGUGUGUGUGUGUGUGUGUGUGUGUGUGUGUGUGUGUAGCAAGCAAGCAAGUUAUUUUUGUACACAGAGGUGAUUUAUGGUAUGAGCCCGUCUGGGUGCUGUGGUGUGUGCCUAUACUCAGUUUUCCUGAACACUGUGACAACUCUGGCGAAACACGUACGCACUGAGCGAAUGGAAGAGACAAAGAUUUACUGUCAUACAUGUUUUGUUUUCUUUUUUCCUGUUGGUUUGUUUUUUUUAAGUUUUUCCAUUUUGUGAGUUGGACUGAGUCGCGCGGGAGUGAAAAAAGAAAAUGACAAAAAAAGUUGUUGCUCUUUUUCUUGACAACAAACUGAUGUCUAAUAUUCAAUUUGAGUUUUGUAAUAUUUGUAUGUAUGUAUGAAAGUUUUGUAAAUUUGUGAUGGUAUGCACGUUUUGGCAUAUGAGUGUAUGUAUCUUACAAUUUGAAAUGCUUGUUUCUUUGUUUGUUUUUUUGCAUGUAGAUUGCCGUUUAGGUUCAUUUUGUUUAAAGGUUUUGUUUUCAUGUUUAUUUUCGGGACCAUGUACAAUACUGUAUAACGUGGGCAGGAUCUUGGACCUCAUGCUACAUUGAUAUUAUAUAUGAAUAUAAAAACAUGUUUUCCCUAUGGAGAAAGUUUUAAGUUAUAUAUCGCCUGUACACUUUGGGCUGCCUUUUAGAUCUAUCUGUCCACUGUUUAAGAUAACAAUGAUGAUAAUGGAUAAAACAUAUUAUUAAUGAAGAAUUAUGCUGAUGAAAUAAUAAAGAUUCUUAAUAAAUCUUAUUACAUUUACAACA